AUCUUUGACAUUUUCUACACCAACCAAAUUGUCACCAACACUUCUCCUUCCACAGCCCCAACCUAAUCGCCCAAUUAUCACGAUCGCCAUAAACAGUCAAACAGAGCCAUUGACGCUCUAGCCUUCACAAUGGCCGAGCACGAAUCCCAAAUGCCCUUCAUUCGCAACCUCGCUUCAAGCGACCGCAAACUUCGAACCUCCUCCCUAGAAUCACUCUCAACAUUCCUCUCCUCGCGUUCAAAUCUCUCCGACGUCGAUGCCCAGAAACUCUGGAAAGGUCUCUUCUACGCCCUAUGGAUGACCGACCGACCCAUCCCCCAGCAACGUCUCGCAACAGAUCUCGCCAACCUCCUCUUCACCCUCAAGCCCGCCUGCGCCAUCCCCUGGCUGCGCGCCUUCUGGGUCGUCGUAGGCGCCCAGUGGACAGGCAUCGACGUCUACCGUCUUGAAAAGUUUCUCCUUCUCGUCCGUCGCGUUUUCGCUUCCCAUGUACGACUAGCUCGCGAGCGAGGCUGGAAGGACGGUGAUGUAGAGGCUAUCGUAGGUGUGUUGGAAGAGUUUCCUUUUGAGAAGGAGGGUGAUCUGCGAAAGAGCCCCGUGGGUAUUAGACUGCAUGCGCUGGAUAUCUGGGUUGAUGAGUUGGAGCGUGAGGAGGCGCUGGGGCAGCCUGAGGCUGAGAAGUUUGUUAAGAGCUUGGGGGAUGUUGUUAUUGCACUGAAGAGAUGUCCUGUUAAGCCUGUGAGGGCUCGCGCUGCUGAGAGCUACGAGGAUGAGAGGUUGCCGUGGGUUCAGGCUGCUAGUGGUGAUGAGAUGGAGGAAGAUGAUGAGUGGGGUGGUAUUGACGAUUAAGAGCCGGUAUUUGCAGGCGCAUGGCGUUGGGAUAUGGAAAAUGCAUUGCGGAUAUGCCCCGAAUUCUUUAUAUGUGGGCACGAGGUUGAUACCAUCUGAGAAUAUCACCACCAUCUAUUAUCAUUACUACUUGAAGAGUGCAA